AUGUUUCCCAAAGGGUUGACGUGUAGCGGCUCCGCGGCUUCUAUGCUGCUGAUAGGGCUACUGAUUGGCCUCGGCGCCAACCUGGACCGCGUGAGCGGCGACGUGGGACUGGUGCACCGGCGAUUCGAGUACAAAUAUUCCUUCAAACCACCCUAUCUGGCACAGAAGGAUGGCACGGUACCGUUCUGGGAGUACGGUGGUCAUGCGAUUGCCAGCUCAGAAAACGUGCGCAUUGCACCGUCCUUGCGCAGCCAGAAGGGAGCCAUUUGGACAAAGCAAAGGACGAACUUUGACUGGUGGGAGGUGGAGAUCGUCUUUCGGGUAUCCGGUCGUGGACGCAUCGGUGCAGACGGUUUGGCUUUCUGGUACACCUCGGAGAAGGGCAGCUAUUUGGGCGAUGUGUUCGGUUCAUCCGACCGAUGGGUCGGUCUUGGUAUCUUCUUCGACUCGUUCGACAACGAUAACAAACACAACAAUCCAUACAUUUCGGCCGUCUUGAACGAUGGUACGCGACAGUUUGACCAUCAAAAUGACGGUGCAACACAACUUCUAUCCGGUUGUUUGCGUGACUUCCGUAACAAACCGUUCCCAACACGGGCAAAGAUUGAGUACUACAAUAACAUUCUUACGGUCCUGUUCCACAACGGCAUGACGAACAACGAUCAGAACUACGAAAUGUGCUUCCGGGCGGAGAAUGUGGUGCUACCGAAGUCGGGUUACUUUGGCCUUUCGGCGGCAACCGGUGGACUCGCCGACGAUCACGAUGUGUUCCACUUCCUGACCACGUCGCUACACAUUCCCGGCCAGUUUAAGGAGGAACCCGCACCGGGCGAGGAUGCGGCUAAGCUAACGCAAGAGUACCAGGACUACCAGAAAAAGCUCGAGCUGCAAAAGGAAGAGUACCGUAAGGAGCAUCCGGAUGAGCACAAGGACGAUCUGGACAGCUUGUUCGAGGACUUUAAUGAACGUGAGCUGCGUCAAAUUUGGGAAGCGCAAACGAACACGUUUGAGCAGUUGCGUACGCUUAGCUCAAAGCUGGAUGAGGUGAUAGGCCGCCAGGAGCGCACGUUGGGUUUGCUGUCCGUAUCGGCUCAGGCCGGUGGUGCGGCAAGUGCAGGUGCAGGUGCACCACCGCCACAGAUCGCUGCCGGUGGUGCCGGUAGUACGAUUAUGCGUCACGAAGUAGACGCACUGUUGCAGAAUCAGAACGUGAUGGUGCAAACGGUUCGCGAAAUACGUUCCAUCAUCGGUGAGGUACACGCACGUACGGAUAGCAUACUGAACAAUCAGGCCCGGGCACCAACGGCACAGGUGCAAACCGGCGGAUAUGAUGUGCAAAGCUUGAUGAAUGAGAUGCGCGAUGGUAUGAACCAGGUCCGUCAAGGUGUUGCCGGUGUGGCUCAAAGGCUACAAACGGGACCGCAGGCGCAAGGGUCCGUACAGUGCCCAACGCAAAACUGUCUCAGCUUGACGGCAUUCCUGGUGGCGAUAGUGGUGCAGCUGCUGGUGAUGCUAGGUUACAGUAUGUAUAGAGACAGUCGAGAGGCUCAGGCGAAAAAGUUUUAUUAG